AUGGCAAAACUAUGCAAGCUCUUGGUUCUAGUCUCUCUAAUGGCAGUCCUAAAACGGGCUCAAGCAGAGCAAAGUUGGGCCAACAGAGUUGUGGGAGAGAAGGAGACGGUGACCAAUCUCCAAUUCUACUUUCACGACACAUUCAGUGGCAACAAUCCAAGUGCCAUAGUGGUGGUUCAACCCGAUUCCACUAAACAAACCCGUAUUCGCUUUGGUAGAAUAGUAAUGGCCGAUGAUCCGCUGACUGUAACGCCAUACCCGAAUUCGAAGUUGGUGUUCCGAGCCCAGGGGCUCUAUGGGUCAGCCGGACAGACUAAACUCUCUUUCAUAAUGGACAUGAGCUUGAGGUUCACGGAUGGUUGCUACAACGGAAGCUCACUCAGUAUAUCUGGCAUCAACCCGGCUUCGAACCCGGUCCGAGAGAUUCCCAUCGUGGGUGGGACCGGAAUUUUCCGGAUGGUGGGUGGUUUCGCUAUUGCACGCACCUAUUUCCGAAAUUUUACGAGUAGUGAUGCUAUUGUGGGGUACAAUGUUACUGUUUUUGAUAGUAAAGGCUUUGAGCUUUAG